AUGUUAUUCCAUGCAGAUUGUCAGACAUUUGAAGAGACUUUGUUAAGAUGCGGGGAGGUCAAGAGCAAACUCCAGGUAGCGGAAGGAAUAGAGAAAGUGUACAUCGCCAGGCUACAGGCAGGGACGCUGGUUUUCGCGGGAAACGCCAAAGUAAUGAUCGAGGAGACCUCGGACCCUGUAGCAGCGUGUGAGAACGUCAAGACAGCCGGGAUAGUCAUCGUCAAGGGCAGAACCUGUUUGAACCGUGAGGCCACAUCAACGACUUAUGGGUUUGAGGAUACAACGACCGACAGAUCUGCCACGACCACCCUGGCACCUAAAGUUUCAACAAGGGAUGCCGUUAUUGGAUUGAUUGCAGGAGGAAUAACAGGACUGAUGGCAUUAGCCAUAUUCAUUAUGGUCCUAAUUCUAAAACACCAAAGGAAGAGAAGGAAUGAAAGAAUUGAAAUGAUUAGUUUAAGUAGCUCGAGUGACAUAGUGUUCCCUGAGCAGCACAGCAAACUAGCAUAAACCCUAUUGAAUGUUUACAGGGUUGUUUCUCACAGUAAUAUGCUGGUCCAUCUACAGAGAUGCUCAACCGCAGCCGCCCACUGACAAUGUACCGGAGCCUCAAGCACCGCCGCAGCCUGCCUUAAGAAGAAGAUCCACCAGAGUGAGGAGGCCCGUCAACCGGUUAACUAUGUAAUUUUUGGGAUAAAGCAGUUUUCUUUUUUUUUUCACCUUCAUCAGAUUUUUUUUCUUUAAAUUAUUGUUUGGGUUUUUUUAGACGAAUGUGAAAAAUUUCAAAAUUUUGUUAUCCGUUUAAUAGAAAUAUUCCAUGGACCAGCAUAUUACAAUGUAUAGUUUGGAUGUAGUAUAGUUCUUUUGUUUUACUAUGAACAAUUUUUAUAUUACCAUUUUUAUUCAUUUGUGAUACUUAGAGAGUAGCAUUGUUUUAUUGUUGUACCAUGUCAUAUCACAUUAACUCCAAUACUCAGAAAUUAAGGAUUUUUUUGUCUUGAUUUUUUAAGGUGAAAUUUUUUUUUUUUUUUUUGGUUAAAGAAACAUUUUCAAGUUUUUUUUUGUAAUGACAAUCAAUUG